AUGUCUCUGUCACAAGCUCAAGUCCUCGGUGUUGGAGACAGUCCCACGGAUGUGACUGGGCAGCCGAAAGAUAUCUUGUUCACGGUCUCAACUCCAGCAGCAAACAUGGUCCAAUCGUUAAAUUCUAAAAUUCUCCAUGAGGACUUGAUGCACUCGAAAGCCCUGGAAUUGAAUGACGAAGUCCUCCCAGAGGAAGGGGCUCCGAGCAAAACGGCAAAAGGGUCGUCCUUGGACUACGUCACUAGAAUCAGUACCUACCAGCAUUAG